AUGACCGCCGGCCGCAACUCCGUGGACGAGCUGCUGUUAACUGCCGCCAGGGAGAGUGCAAAUGCGCCGAACCGGGCAUUGAAGCGACGUGUCCGCCAACGCUUGCACAAGAAGCUGGGCGCCAUAUUGACGCUAGAAGAGUUCGAGAGCGCAAAGGAACGCUUCAGAGCCAUGGAGGAGCAGCAGUCAGCACGAGCGACUGGCACUGCCAUUACUGCAAGCUCGCUUCCUUCGCAAAUUCCGCCUCCAAGUGGAUACG